AAACAACGCAUAGCUCCACUUCGCAAGCAAGAACUAACAUCGGCCUGCGCGGCCCCAAUUCUCAAUUAAGUUCGCAUCUUAUUGGAUCUAUCACACGAAUUCAGAAAGCUAUAGCAGUCUAGGAACCGAUCAGGAGCCUGAAUUUGUUCGAGGUGUGCGCGCGAGUGGGUGGCCAUGGAGGUGGAGGCGGUCAGCUGCGAGUGCUGCGGGCUGGAGGAGGAGUGCACGGGCGAGUACACCGCCGGCGUGCGGGCCUACUUCGGGGGCAGGUGGCUGUGCGGGCUGUGCUCGGAGAGCGUCAAGUACGAGGCCGGCAAGCGCGCGGGCGGCGCGGCGCCCGGCGUGGAGGAGGCCGUGCGCGCGCACAUGGCCAUCUGCCGCACGCUCAAGAGCGGCGGGCCCGCGGGCCGCGUCGCCGACGGCAUGCGCCAGAUGCUGCGCACCGCGUCCUGGAAGAAGGCGGCGGCGGCUACCCCGUCGCGGUCGGCGGGGGGCCAGGGCCACCACCGCUCCUCGCCGCUCUCCAUCGGGCUCUGAUCGUGAUCGAGGCGGCGGCGGCGGUGGCGUGCUUGGCUUAAAGCCUCUCUAGCCAGGCGCUGGAUCGAGAUGCACUCUGUGGCUUCGGCUUCCUCUCGAUCACUAGCUAGGCGCUGGUGCUAGCGAGCGUUCUUCGUCAGAUCGUUCUAUGUGAGCUUUGAUUUUUGAACCAGUUUGUACAUAUGUGUAAGGAAUUAAAGAUCAACCACGCCUUUGAGAUUAUGGCUUUGGUCAAUCGAGAAA